AUGGAAGCGACCUUCCAAGUUGAAUUGCCAUUUGAUGAUCCGUGCUGGAUUCGGAUAUUCACAUACCAUGCACACAUACUUAUCUUCAAGCCCAAGUCUCAUAUAGAACCAACUACGUGCGAGCACAAGGUACAAGUCGUCCGCCAGCCGAAAACACCGCCGCAAUUCGGUGUGCGGGAUCCUGUCAAGUUCCAGCACCCAGAGGCGUUGGGAAUCUUCACAGACCGUCUACUUCCCAAGCCUCGAGAAGAUCGAUAG